UUCGGGAAAAAAAACAUUAGGGCAGAAAUACUCCUCCCUAUCCAAGGUAGGUUGCGCCGUACGAGUGCAUUUUUUCACACAUUCACACUGAACGAGGAUCAAUUCGGAGGAACAGGAACGAACUCAUAAGAUAUCCAGGACUGCGGUCGCCCUUAUUUGUCCAUCACUCGAGAGCAAGACUUUCUGAGCCUACGCGUCCCUUCCGCCCCCUGCCUGCCCGGCUACAGUGACACUAUUGACUUUUACCCUCACCUGAAAGCAACGUUUACCUAGAAUUUGUAUUACCAUGGAUAAAACGGAUCUUAUUCAGAAGGCAAAGCUGGCCGAGCAGGCCGAGCGCUACGACGACAUGGCUGCGUCCAUGAAGGAGGUGACGGAGAUGGGAGCCGAACUGUCCAACGAGGAGAGAAACCUGCUCUCUGUCGCCUACAAGAACGUGGUCGGGGCACGGAGAUCAGCGUGGAGAGUCAUCUCCAGCAUCGAACAGAAGACGGAGGGCAGCGAGAAGAAGCUCCAGAUGGUUAAGGAAUAUCGGGAGAAAGUGGAGGGAGAGCUGAGAGAAAUCUGCAACGACGUGUUGGAACUGCUGAACAAAUAUUUAAUCGAGAACUCCAAGCAGCCAGAAAGCAAAGUCUUCUACCUGAAGAUGAAGGGCGACUACUACAGAUAUCUGGCUGAGGUCGCCGCAGGAGACGACAAGAAAGCGACCAUCGGCAACUCUCAGGAAGCCUACCAGGAGGCGUACACCAUCAGUACUGAGCAGAUGCAGCCUACGCACCCCAUCCGCCUCGGCCUGGCCCUCAACUUCUCCGUCUUCUACUACGAGAUCCUCAACUCCCCAGAGAAGGCCUGCGAGCUGGCCAAAACGGCUUUCGAUGAAGCCAUAUCAGAGCUGGAUACACUGAACGAAGAGUCCUACAAAGACAGCACUCUCAUCAUGCAGCUACUAAGAGACAAUCUGACAUUAUGGACCUCUGACAACGCGGCAGAUGAAGGAGAGGGAGGCGAAGGGGGCGAGAACUAAAAACCUUUUCCUCAUCACAACUCAUCUCCCCUCUAGGAGGAAACGGAAGAGAUUUACAAAAAAAGCCUUUUUACACAUCUCCAUUCCUUAUUGCUGCAUUAAAAAAAGAAAAGCAAAAAAAAAAUCUAGCAAAUGGAGGGGGAACAAAAACACCCGUCAGUACUGGAACAUGCACAAGAAAAAAAAUCCAAUCAUUUAGUCUUUUUGCAUCACAGCUUAUGGACAAAGAAAGAAACGUAAGGCCCCUCCUUCCCCCCUUAAACUAUUUUCUUUUUUUUGGUUUGUGAUUUGUCCUGGCCUACCGUGUGUGUGUGUGUGUGUGUGUGUGUGUGUGUGUGUGUGUGUGUGUGUGUGAGUUUGAGUGUGUGUGUGCGCGUUCUCUGCUGUAGAAAAAAGUAUGAUGUACAAUUAGCCUCAUUUUGUAUCAGCACUCUUAAUGAGCUAGUAAAAAUAUAAUAGGAUCUUAAUGUUGCUACAGAAAAAGUGGUUUUCCCUGAGCUGUUGCAUUGGCUAACGGUUUGAAAUGGAAGGCUUGUCUUGUCCCAUUUUAUUGUAGCUUUUAUUUUUUUCCCUCUGGUGGUUGGCAGUAUCCAAAUAGUAUGACGUUUUAAAAAAAAAAUGCAAUCAUGUAAUCAAGAGAAGCAUUCCAAUUUCAGCUCUUUUAAAGCAGAGUCCUUGGAUUUUUACUGCAAGUCUUACAAUACCUGGUAAUCUAUAUCUCCUUGUAGCGUUAAAAUCAGAACCCCAUUGCAUUGGCUAUGUGGAUAGUGAUACUUCACAUUUUGAGAAGUAGGUAAUCCGGUAUCCCCUUAACAUGUUGGGUAUUUGACCUAAGAAGGAAGGCUAACAAACUACGGAUUAAGAAUGCAUACAUCAGUGGAAAGAACCCAUUGCCAUUACUGAUCCCUGAAGGACAUUGUAAUACCACUGAUUGGAUGUCACAAACUUGAUUCACUCUUAAACCAACUGUUCCUUGUAGUUCGGAGGUGUUUCUCAGAAGUGUUACAAAACACUUCUUCCUGGUCGUGGCACACACUUCACUUGAAGCAUGUCUGAGUUAAUAUAAAAUAUGGGGCUGCUCAGUGAGCGAAAUAAAUAUACGUAUAUCUAUAUAAAUCUUGGGGGGGGAAAGCCCUUGCAUGUCUUUUAAAAAUUACACUGGAAUGGGACCCAAUGCUGUAUGCACCAAGAUGAAGAGACCAAUACAAUACUUUAAAAAAACAAACACAGGCUUUUUUCACAUUCAAGGACACUGGGGAGAUUGGUUAGUCCUGUUUGAUUGUUAGAUUUGGACCACUAUUGUGUUUUUGCUAAUCAUUGAUUGUAGUCCCUUAAAGCCUUGUGAAAAUGUCUAAUGCCCUCUGUAUCAGUUAUGUAACAUGAAUAAAGAUGACAUUUUAUAAACCAA